AUGGGGUGGCAUCGCGUCGAGCCGUGUUCAUGCAGUCGCGCAGAUCAUGACUGCAGGCACCAGACGACAACCGGGAUCCCAGGAUGCCAGGCAGGGCCGUGGGCCACGGCUGCGGGCCACGGUCAAUCGUACAUGCUCGCACCCUAUGCAGACUACAGGGCGCACGCAGCGUUAAGCAUAACCUCUCGGCAACUCCUGGUGGCUGAACCUUGGCAUCAGCACGCGGCAGCCCCGUGA